GAGAAGUGAUGCUGCAGAGCGCUUGAAAUGUCCUUUUGCUUAGUAGUGCCACAUAAAGAACAGAGAACUUCAGAUUGCUGGCUUGCAUCGGAGUCUAGUUAUGGCAAUUCGGGAAUUGAUGCACCGAGCAUGGUCGGUUGAGUUGAAGCACAUCCAUCGGGAGCGUAAUUUUGCAGCAAAUUCACUAGCCUCACAAGCGGCGACCAGUCCUGGAGGAAUAACGAGUUUGGAUGUCCCUCCAGACGAGCUAAAAGCAUGGCUUCAUCAUAACAUAGUUGGUACUUCCUACCGACGAUCUGUCAUAAUCUAGUCUAUUAGGCAAUAUGCCUCCUCUUAUUGUACCAAAAAAAAAAAAAAAAAGGAACUUCAGAAAUAUAAUUUACAGGGCCAAAACUCCAAUCAGUUCUAGCGGAUUAUAGCCGAUAAAUGCCAUUAGAUGAAUUGCUACAUGUUACUGGUACUGUACAUGAACUAAAAUUUAUGAACGAAGAUGACAAUUAGGCUAAAUCAUAAGUAUAUUCGCGUAGAGUUCAAAAUGAUGUAAUGGCAUAUUCUGCAUUUCAUGAACUUGGAACAUAGAAGGAAAUCAAGGGAACCAAAUCUCCAAAGGAUUCAUCGUGUGAAUGAUUAGUUCUGCUUUGGAGCUGAGAGAGAGAUACGCUGAUCACAGCUCAAUAAUGGUGAAGAAAGAUUGAAGAUGCUGAUGAUAACUUGGUGUCCCCUCACCAUUAUAAUUUGUCCUCCAUUAAGACUAAUCAAAGAAAAUAUCUGCUUUUAUAUGUUGACUGAAGAAACGACUCAGAAGACCAUGUUUACAUUUUGAACUCCACAAACCUCAUUUGCUAAUGAAAUCAUGCAUGCAUGCACACGUAUUCUGUUAUCUGCGUGAUCCCUAUAUAAACCAUAUAACAUCAAUUAGUUUGCUCACUCACUUAGCCUCUUCUUCCUUUGUUAAUUAAUUUCACCAUAUAUCCUUCUUCUUGUUUUCUGAGAUUCCCUGAAUUCGCCUUUCAGAAAGAUUCAUUUUUUCUCCCCCUAAACAAACACAGCGAAAAUGGCAUCCACUCUUAUCACUUCUGUUGAUUCAGCCUUAGACGAUGUUGAGUUGAUGAUGGAACAUGCUUAUGUUUUGAAUUAGAAAGUGUUUAAGCAGAUGAUAUAUAGCUUAAGGAAGCUCAAAACAUUUGUUCUUACAGCUGAUCAACUGGGCUUGGAAGCAAGUUUGGCAUCGUUAUUGCUGAGGAUUGGACACAUUGUUAGCACAAAUGCACAUACAACUCAUCCUCUUUGUGUUGAUGAGUUAUGUGCAUAUUUCCAUUGUUUCAGGGUUCCAGAAAGAAACUCAAUCCUUGGAGGAAGAAAUAGGAGAAUGGUAUGUCAGGAUGUUGGAUUCAACCUGGAGAUCAUCAAGUUCUGUUAUUAGCACAGCUGGUUACAUGUCUGAAAUCAUCACCUCAAUUUUGGAGAACCUAGUUGGUGAAUUUCAAGGUACAAUCUUACAAGAGGCAACAAAAGCCUUGGGAGAGCAGAUGACAUUCUUGAAAAGUUUCAUCUGCUUUGUUGAACCCACACAAUGCUUGUCGGCUCAUGCAGAAACUGUUGCUAUCAAUGCAGCACAUAUGCUUCUCAGGUUUGAUGAAGUUGAUACAGAAAUGAUGAAAGAAAUCAAGCUUGAGAUUUCAUCAUUGGUUCGAAGAGUGAAGCCUAAUGAUCAUGCUCAGGCUUGUGAGAUUUACACUCAAGCCUUGCACACCUCAAAGCUGUUGAAUCUGUUACUAGCUCUAGCUGCAAGAGAAAUAAAGAAUUUCUCUAACGCUUUCAUAUCUAACAAGGCGUUGGUGCUGCACGCUGUGCAGCUUAAGGGGAGUAGUAGCCCGGUAAUUUAGGAAUUUUUUAGUUAUGUUUUGAGAGAUUAGUAAAUAGAAAAUCUUUAAUCCAUGAAAGCAGCAGUAUUGAACAAAGUGUAUUAUUUUAUGGUUUGGUAAUAGAGGG